AUGGCCUCAGAAACACGAGAAGGAGUGCAAAUCGACGGCAAAGACUUUUGCUGCACCUUCUGGGCGUACUAUGAGAACGUUUCUGAGGCUAAAUGUGCUCCCGAUCCGGACCAAGUGGCAGACCAGCCUUGCAAGCAUUGCGUUAAACAGCAUACAUAUCUCCUGGACGAAGCAAGAGGGCAUCGCCGUGAGCUAGGAAAGGGCUCAAGCGAUCCAGUCCGCAAUCAAAGUCUCGACGAUCAGCUCUUAUAUGAGCUGCCGCAGUCCCCGGCUGGGCAGUAUGAAUGUUACUUUCAUAACACUGAAAUCGAAGAGUUCGACCACGAUUACAGCUGGUUCGAUAACCUACUCGUAGCAAGAGCAGCGCACAACAGAAGCAAGAAUCUAAACUACCCUUACAUUAUCGCCUGCAAGCUGGUGGAUAACCCUAUGGCACUCUGCGACGAGUGUCUCGAAGUCAUGCGCCAGGACGACAAGGUCAAGGAGUUUAUUGAGGAAGAAGGAUCGAAACAGCAGAAGACGCUGUUUACGGAGGAUGGAGAGGUUACUUUCGCGUGUAACAUGCUGCAAGAGCCAAAGGAAGAAGACUUGGCCGCUGUGUGGGAAGAGCGAUCUGGAAGCGACAAUCUUGAAAGCUGUCAGCGCGUGCUUGAGAAGCAUCAGAUUUGCACAAACGACUAUGACUACUAUCGAAAGAAGCCAGGCGGUAGAGAGAUCAUUGAUAAACACUUCGGCGAAGAUCGCGUAAGGAGACAUAAGCCCGCUGAGUCGUAA